AUGUUAACUCUGAAAGGAGGAAGCAGACCACCAUGGGUAGGUUUAGGAGCAUCAGUUUGGGUUCAGAUUGCAUCAGGAAACACUUUUACUUUUCCUCUGUACUCACACUCUUUGAAAUCUGUUUUGGGUUUCAAUCAAAGACAAGUUACACUUCUUGGUGUUGCUAAUGAUAUUGGAGAAAACGUUGGUUUGCUUCCCGGUAUCGCUUGCAAUAGAUUCCCGCCUUGGCUUAUUCUUUCUGUCGGUGCGCUUGCUUCUUUUGUUGGUUAUGGUGUUCUUUGGCUUGCUGUUACCCAAACACUCCCUAAUCUUCCUUACUUAGUGCUUUGGUUUGCCCUUGUUAUUGCUUCCAACAGUAGUGCGUGGUUAACCACCUCGGUUCUAGUAACCAACAUGAGAAAUUUCCCUGUUAGUCGAGGCAAAGUUGCGGGAAUCCUGAAAGGUUAUGGAGGGCUUAGUGCUGCGGUUUUCACGCAAAUUUACAGCCUACUGCUUAAUAACGAUUCAUCGAAGUUCCUCAUGUUGCUGACAAUUGGUAUUCCAGUUGUUUGUUUCAGUAUGAUGUUUCUUGUUAGGCCUUGUACACCAGCUUUGGAUGAAGACUCUACAUCUAGUUCUCAUUUUAUCUUUAUUCAAUCUGCUAGUGUCAUCUUGGGUGUAUAUCUUCUUGCAACCACAAUAUAUGGCAAUCUUCUUCCAUUAAGUGGUACAGCUUCCUAUAUUUUGGUGGCUGUGAUGGUUCUUUUUCUCAUGGCUCCAAUUGCCGUCCCGGUAAAGAUGACAUUGUAUCCCAAAAGACUUUCAAAUUCAGACUCAUUUGAGCAACCACUUGGAUCUUCAGACUCUCUUGGUCAAGGAAAAGAUGACAAAAUAGAGCCACUGCUAGGAUCUUCGUCAACAGGAGCCCUUGGAAGCUCGAACGACGAUGAUUCAUCUGAGGUAGCUAUGCUUCUUGCGAUAGGCGAGGGAGCAAUAAAACAGAAGAAGAGAAAACCUAAGCGCGGAGAAGAUUUUAAGUUUACUGAGGCUAUAGUAAAGGCGGAUUUCUGGCUAAUGUUUUUUGUUUAUUUUGUCGGUGUUGGCACUGGGGUUACUGUCCUCAAUAAUCUAGCCCAAAUAGGUAUUGCACAGGGUGAAGAGGAUACUACAACUUUACUGUCAAUUUUCAGCUUUUGCAAUUUUGUUGGUCGGCUUGGUGGAGGAGUUGUUUCAGAGCAUUUUGUCCGUACCAAGUUGCUCCCGAGGACAUUCUGGUUGACAUGCACACAGACAAUCAUGCUAUUGGUAUAUCUUCUGUUUGCAUUUGCGGUAAACGGAAGCCUUUAUCCUGCAGUUGCAUUUCUUGGUGUCUGCUACGGUGUGCAGGUUUCCAUAAUGAUCCCUACCGUUUCCGAGCUUUUCGGUUUGAAGAACUUCGGCGUACUGGGCAAUGUCAUGUCUUUGGGUAAUCCACUCGGGGCAACCAUUUUCUCAGCUCUGCUAGCGGGUUCUAUAUACGACAAAGAGGCAGCAAAGCAACACAGUCUUAACCUUUUUGCUGCUGAAGUUUCCUGCAUCGGUGCAGAUUGCUUUAAGCUGACAUUUUUCAUUCUUUCUGGUGUUUGUGCUGCUGGCAUCUUCUUGAGCAUUAUUCUGACUCUGAGAAUUAGGCCUGUUUACCAAAUGCUUUAUGCUGGAGGCUCUUUCAGAAUUCCUCAACCAUCUCCUCCACCAUCUUCGAGUACCUAA